GUCCAGUUGCUCCUCAGCCAGUGACAGUGGACUCAGUGGGCUCUGAUCAUGUGGCUCUUAGCUGGAACGUCUCUGCAUUUAUGCAGAUGACACCACACAGCUACAAUGUGACGACAUGCACCAACACAUGUGAUACACUCUUCUACCCCUACCCUGAUGGCUCUGCCUUCAUGAACAUCAGCAUCUCCGACUUAACUUCAGCAACAGAGUACUUUAUAGAGAUUUCCACUUUUGUUGUUCGACCUGACAGUGUUACUGGUGGAAACAUGACCCUUAAAAGUAACUCUACAGCUUUCAAAGUCAAAACAGUGGACUCUGGUGCUCAGUACAAAGUCAUCAUUAUAAUCUUGAAGUCGCUUAAGUUUAUGCCUUUGGUUCCUUCACUGUGGAUUAUUUACCAUAUCCUGAGAAAAUGCAAGUCUCUGUCCUUGGAUGAAGUUAAGGAGUCAGAUCAUGAUAUCUCUCAGUCAUCAGUGGAGCUCCCAACUGAGGACACAAUUGUUUACCUGAUCCCACAGAAAAACAGAGGGUUCGGUUAA